AUGGCUGGAGCACACGAUUUCGACCUGGAGAAGAACCCUCCAGUGGCCCAGUCAGUCGCGGAUAACAGCAGUGACGGCGCCGUGCCAGGCGAGAGCUUCACCUAUGGCAACUCCUUAUAUGCGAAGAUCCAGCGUCUGGCCGGAAAGCUCAACAUCGAACAGCGUGGCAUUGAACGCGUUCCCGCUGCGGAACAGACGGAUACUUCCGUUUUCAAUAUAGGCAGCAUGUGGCUGGCGGCCAACAUGGUUGUCAGUUCCUUUGCCAUUGGUGUGCUUGGAAAAUCUAUCUAUGGCCUUGGCUUCGUCGACGCCAUCCUGACCGUCCUGUUCUUCAACCUUCUUGGUAUCAUGACUGUCUGCUUCUUUUCCUGCUUCGGUCCGUUCGGGCUGCGUCAGAUGGUGUUCUCAAGGUUCUGGUUCGGUUGGUACGCCACUAAAGGAUUUGCUGUCCUGAAUAUCCUCGCAUGCAUGGGUUGGUCUGCCGCCAACACCAUUGUAGGCGCUCAACUGCUCCAUGCAGUCAAUAACGAUGUACCUGGCUGGGCUGCUAUCCUGAUUAUUGCCAUCUGCACGCUUUUAAUCACGUUCGCGGGCUAUAAAGUGGUUCAUCUGUACGAAUACUGGAGUUGGAUUCCAACUUUCAUCGUAUUCCUGAUCGUCUUGGGCACUUUCGCGCACUCUGGGGAUUUCAUAAACAUUCCCAUGAAGGCGGGAACGUCUGAGAUGGGCAGCGUUCUGUCCUUUGGCUCGGCCGUCUACGGCUACGCCACGGGCUGGACCAGCUACGCGGCUGAUUACACCGUGUACCAGCCUGCCAACCGCAGCAAGCGCAAGAUCUUCUUCUCGACUUGGCUUGGACUGAUCAUCCCUCUUCUCUUUGUCGAAAUGCUCGGCGUUGCCGUGAUGACCGCGACCGAGAUCAAAGACAGCAAAUACGCCUUGGGCUAUAGUGCGUCCGGAAAUGGUGGCCUCAUCGCCGCUGUUCUCGAACCACUUGGAGGCUUUGGCGACUUCUGCCUCGUCAUCCUCGCCCUCUCGAUUGUUGCAAACAACUGCCCGAACCUUUAUUCCGUCGCCCUCACCGUCCAAGUCCUCAGUCGCUACGCGCAACGCGUCCCUCGCUUCAUCUGGACCGUCCUCGGCACCGGUGUCUCAUUAGCUAUUGCAAUUCCGGGUUACUCCCACUUCGAAACCAUACUGGAGAACUUUAUGAACUUCAUCGCGUAUUGGCUGGCUAUUUACUCUGCGAUCGCAAUCACGGAUCAUUGCGUAUUCAAGCGCGGCUUCUCCGGCUAUGUCAUUGAGAACUACGACAAGCCCAACAAACUUCCAGUUGGUAUUGCCGCCACUCUUGCAUUUGCGUUUGGUGUUGCUGGCAUGGUCGUUGGAAUGAGCCAACCAUGGUUUGAGGGUCCAAUCGCAAAGCACGCAGGUGGCGGCGAUAUAGGAUUUGAAUUGGGCUUUGCAUUUUCAGCAUUUUCGUAUCUCUGUUUGAGACCUCUUGAGAUCAAGCUUUUUGGGAGGUAA